GAGAGAGAGAGAGAGAGAGAGAGCAAAUGAGCAAGAGAGGGGGAGGAAGUUUGUCUUCCACUCUCACCAUUGGAAGAUCUCACACUUCACCUCUUCAGUAACCGAGUGAUCGAAACAUGACGGAAAAGCAAACGUAAAAUGUUAAGUCCGACCCAGAAAAACCUCAGUGACGAGGACAGCUCUGGAUCUGACGCCGGGUCAGAGGUUAGUGUGGAACCUGAGACAGAUCGGUUUGGCUUCAUUCUGACCAAUGGAUCCUCCACUGGGAAUGUGGGCCCACCACCUGAGCUGGUCAGGCAGAGGGAGGCAAAAUGGAUUGACAUCAUUCACCAAUGGGAUCGCAUCUUGUUAAAGAAGCCCAGUAAGGUCAAAGUGCAGUGUCAGAAAGGUAUCCCUGCUUCACUCAGAGCUAAGUGCUGGCCACUGCUGUGUGGAGCUACUGACAAGAUGAAACAAAACUCAAGCCUCUACCAGUCUCUGGACUCACAGCCUGCCCUGCAGAGCUGGGUGGAUGUGAUUGAGAGAGACCUGGACCGACAAUUCCCCUUCCACGAGAUGUUCCUUUCAAAGGAUGGACAUGGACAGCGUGGCUUGUUCCGGGUGUUGAAAGCCUACACUCAGUAUCAACCGGAAGAGGGUUACUGCCAGGCGCAGGGACCGGUGGCUGCAGUGCUGCUGAUGAACAUGCCUGUUGAGGAGGCCUUCUGGUGUUUGGUGCAGAUCAGUGAGCAGUACCUGCCUGGAUACUACAGCCCUCUUCUGGAGGGAGUUCUGUUUGAUGCAGCCUUGCUGGCCCGGGUUUUGAAAACGACAUGUCCAGCUGCAUACAAACACCUGCAGCACCACGGAGUGGAGCCCCUCAUGUUCGCCACUGACUGGCUGAUGUGUCUGUUCACGCGCCACCUGCCAUUCAACACUCUGCUCCGCGUCUGGGACCUGUUUUUCUGCUACGGGGUGCGGGUGCUACUGCAGGUGGCGGUGGUGCUGGUGCGUCGGGUCCUGGGUCGAGCUGAGCAGAGGAAGCAGUGCCAAGGCCAGAUGGAGACACUGGAGAAGCUGAGGGCCAUCAGGGAGCAGGUCCAAGAGGAAGAUGACAUCUUCGUAGUAGAAGUGUGCUCAGUGCCACUGUCAGCCAGAGAUCUGGAGAAGCUUACGACGAAGGAGUUAAAAAAGUGGAGGAAGGACAAACCCUCAUCCACCUUUGACCCCAGAGGUCGUUGCCAGGGAUACCGGAUGGUGUUGGCGAGGGUUCAAUAUAACAAGGAGGAAUGGGAAAGGAAGGAGAGGGAGAAAGGGAACCUGUCUGUCCCUCUUGCUCGCUCAGCCUCCACUCUGUCACUGUCUCCAUCGUUACUUCACAAAAAGUGGAGGAAAGGGGGAAAAGUUAACACAGGUGAAUGGGAAGGUGGAGGUAAAGUCGUGAGACAUCUUUCAAUGGGAGCAAAGGAGGACUGGAGAAGCUGGAAUGACUUUCAUUUUAAGAAGGUGCAGGGUGUUCAGGAGGAGGAGGACAUAGUUUCAGAGGAGGACACAGUUUCAGAGGAACAAAAAAACCAGAGUGAGUUCAAACUAACACCACAAACUGAAGGGAAAGAACUUUUAGAAGAUCCUAAAACAACUGACAAAAUCCAAAACAAAACAGAGCACAUAGAAGAAAUAGUAAAAGAACAGACUGAAGAAAUGGAAACAAGAAUCCUUUCAGUGGAAAGGGAGGAGAGCCAACUCAAAGAGGCAGAGAACACCAAAAUGCUUUCAGAAGUGAGAGAAGAAACAAAUAUAGAGCCCGAAUCAAACCAAGAUCCUGCCAAAGAUCAGACUGUUGAAAAUAUUCUUCAACCCAGUGAACAUAGUUUGCAGCACGAACAAGGAGAGAAGCUGGACUCCACUCACUCACAAGUCGAGGAACAGCAGGAUCACAAAGGGCAGGACCAGGAAAUUCUUGUCAAAGACACAAAUGAAGAGACCAAAAAAGUAAAAGUGGCAGAAAGUGAACAUACAGUUGCAGUAGAUGAAAAUCAGAGUGAGAUACAGAAAGAUGGGGAUUCUCACACAAACGCCAACAAAGAGAUGCAAGUAGGAGUAGACUCAAGUGAGGAACAGAUGACUCAGGUUGGCAUGAAACCAGAGGAGACAGAAACUAAAAAUGUACAACAGAAGCAGGUGGACACAGCCACAGACGUCUCAGAAACAAGAACUGAGACAAGUCUGGGCUCAGAGACUGACACCAGUGUUGAAGCACCAGACCCAGAUCAUACAGCAGAAACAGAAACACAACAGCAACAGGAAGAAGUGGUCACGGAGACAGACAAAAACUCAGGGAAAGACGCAUCUGAAGUAAAAUACCCCAGUCCUGAGUCAUUGGCAGAAACAGAAACGACAAAAGAGGCUCAUGCCCAAACAGAGACAGAUACUGAUGUACUGACAGAGAAACAGGAAGAAGCAGCCAUGAGGGAUGAAGUGGAGGCUGAAAUAGUCAAAUUAGACUCAGAACAAAACAUGAAUUCAAAGACAGAGACGACAAUAAAAGCAGAAACAUUCAUCCUUUCUUCACCCGAAUGCAUCCAACAACAAGAAGUCAGUGACACAGCAGCCAACACAGAGACUCCACCUGGAAUACCAGCUGCAUGCAGCACAGUGGCAGAGUCCACUGAAGCAUUUGCUCAGUACUCAGAGAAAAACUGUGAUACAGUAGCAUCUGAACCUACACAGGAAAAAGAAGAAAGAAUUUUUACUGCACACUCAGAGGCACAGGCUGACAAUGAUCAAACACAAGCAGAGGAAACACCAGCUGAAAAACCUGACACGGUAGCACCUCCACACACUGAGGGGGCUUCAACACAGGCUGAAGCAGAGAAUCUCACUGCCGAGUCUGAUGUGAGGACAUGUUCAGUAGAAACAAGAACCUCUGAUGAGUUUGCACCUGAACAACUGACGAGCCAGGUCGCCAUAAGUCCUGUGGAGGAGGAAAGGUCAGAAAACAUUCCACCAAAGACUGUAGGAAAAGAAAUCAUCAUCAUUUCUACUUCUAACGUGACAGACAGCCCACAUGCUGUCAGCAUCCCACAGGUCCGAAACAAAGAUCAUAUUCAGGCUGAGGCAAAUACUCUGACACAAGCCUUUGAGCACUGCAGCAACCGGUCCUCAGGUGAUUUCUGUGUCCGUAAGUCUUCCAGCACCCAUGGGUCCAGGUUAGCGCGUAGGCUCUCUGAAGACCUCUUCACUACCCCACAGAAAACUAGCCAAUCACAACCUAUUCUUAAUCACCCAGACAUGAAACACAGUGAAUCACAGCCCCAACCUGGAGCUGUAAACCCAACUCAAACUCCUCCCAAUGUUACUCAGUCUUCAGAAGCCAAACCACCACUGUCCACAGAUAUAACAGAGGGGAAUGUGCCACAGCAGCAGCCACAGGCCCCCCCUAAACGUUUUGGUCUCUUCCGCAGACUGAAAAGAGAACAGCCCAAAAAGGCAAAGGAAAAGGAGACACAGAAAAUGCAAGUCCCCAAAAUCUUGAUUCAGGACUUCAGUGAUGGAACGGGAAUGCUGGUUGAGGAGGAAGGGCAGGAGAAACUGAGCUCGAGGGAAAGGAGGCGGCAGCGGAGGGAGAGGGAGAGAAGGGAGAAAGAGGAGGCGAAGUCAAGGAAGAAAAAAGAAAAAGAGCUGGAGAAGGAGAGAGAGCAAGGAAGGAGGAAACCACAGACAAGAGGGAAAAGUUUUCAAGGGCAUCAGGAAAAAAGUAGCAAUGAUGUACCUCAAUCUGCAAAGACUGGCUCACAGACGCGUAGAUGUUCUGUUUCUUAUGCUGAAUAUUACUUCUGACAAGACAUUUGCAAUAGUAUCUGGAGGGCUGAGGUCUGGAGGACAUGGUUGUGGUUAAAGCUUUUCAUUAGGAUCAUCAUCUUCUGCAGAGUAAGAAGUGACAUUUAAGACACUGAAAUCACCUGCAUUAUGAUAACAGCUGCAUUUUAUAUAAUAAGCAACUUCUGGGCAUUGCUUACAUUUAGUGAAUGCCAUAUUUUUGCUGCACCUUUAACUGAGUACUCUACACCUCAGCCUUGCAGAUUCUGUCUAUU